AGUCCAGCCCACUCGGCUAAAACCAUUCAACUGGUGAGCGAGGGAGCAUUCACCACAGAGAGAGAGAGAGAGCACGAGAGAAGUGAAGGAAAGAGAGAGAGAGAGGAACUCCCUGCGUCUGGGAUAACUUAGUCAAACACACACACACAGAGUUUUUCCUCGGUUCAUUCAUCACGUUCAGACUUUUCUUCUUGUUUUUUCUUUGCUGGUUUUGUGGCGACGCCUCCACAGUCCUCAGCCAUCUGUCCCUGACAUAAACGAUAAGGAUUACUCAUUUUCUCUUCGUCCACCUCGUCUUCUCUUGCAGAUUUUUUUUUCCCUCCGUUUCGCAGGUGGACUGAGAGCUGAACUUCCAAACUUCACAGAGCGAGAGACAAAGACAGAGAGAGAGAGAGCGAGAGAGAGGAGGACGGGGACUUUAAAACAAAAAGGACACUUCCACUUCUUCUGUCCAAGACUUUUUUUUUCCUCUCUUCGUCUUCAUCAGCAGCUCAGAUCAGCGUGGUCAUGUCUCCUUUGCUCAGCUGGACCGUCCCGGUCCAGCUCCCGGUCCAUGUUCCGGUGCUGGUCCUGGUUGUGGUUCUGCUGCAUGGCUGCAGCUCGUCCCCAGACACCCUGUCCAAAUCUCUGACCGCACAUCCUGACCUCCAGCAGCUGCUGCCGGACGACGCGUCCUCGUCCCACUGUCCGUCCUGCGCUCUGGCCAGGAUGAGGAGGAAUGAGGGAGGCGUGGCGGCGGCGGAGGAAGAGGAGGCGGCGCAGCAGGACGUGGUGGAGGCGGUGAAGAGACACAUCCUCAACAUGCUGCACCUGCGGACGAGACCCAACAUCACCCGACCCGUGCCACGCGCCGCGCUCCUCAAUGCCCUGCGCAAGCUCCACGUGGGGCGAGUGGCGGAGGACGGCAGCGUGCAGAUCGAGGGGGAGGAGGAGCCUCGCGGGCGAGGAGGUCGGACGGGAGGGGGAGGAGCUGUGGCGGCUGCACUGGCGGCAGCUCGGACGGGAGACGACGAUGGCGACGCUCAGGAGACGACAGAGAUUAUCACCUUUGCUGAGGCUGGUGAGUCUCAGGGUGUGGUGGACUUUGUCCUCUCUAAAGACGGCAGUGACGUGUCUCUGGUGGAGCAGGCUAACGUCUGGAUGUUUCUACGUUUGGCCAAAACCAACCGCAGCCGAGCCAAAGUCACCAUCCGCCUGUUCCAGCAGCGCCGGCUUCCCAGCGGACACUCGUCUCCACUGCAGGACGACGUCCUCCUGGCGGAGAAGGCAGUGGACACGCGUCGCAGCGGCUGGCACACAUUCCCGGUGUCAGCGGCCGUGCAGGCGCUGCUGCAGAGCACCAACGGCUCCGUGCUGAGCCUCAGAGUUUCUUGUCCGCUCUGCGCGGAUGCCGGUGCCACGCUCAUCCUGGUAUCCGGCAGCGCCAACACAUCACAGCGCGUCAUCCAGCGCGAGCAAUCGCACCGGCCCUUCCUCAUGGUCGUGGUGCGGCAGGGGGACGGUGGCGACGCGCGGCGGCGUACUAAGCGCGGGCUGGAGUGUGACGGCAAAGUUCGCGUCUGCUGCAAGCGACAAUUCUACGUCAACUUCAAGGACAUCGGCUGGAACGACUGGAUCAUCGCGCCGUCCGGUUACCACGCCAACUACUGCGAGGGCGAGUGUCCCUCCCACGUGACAAGCAUCACUGGGUCCACGCUGUCCUUCCACUCCACCGUCAUCAGCCACUACCGCCUGAGGGGCUACAGUCCUUUCCAGAACCUGCGCUCGUGCUGCGUCCCCACGCGGCUACGAGCCAUGUCCAUGCUCUACUACAACGAGGAGCAGAAGAUCAUCAAGAAGGACAUUCAGAACAUGAUCGUGGAGGAGUGCGGCUGCUCGUAAACAUGGAAACCUGGACUGGACUGGAGAGGACCGGAGAGGACCGGUGGACCGGUGGUUCUGCUCCUCUCUGGAACAAGAACUCUUCUCCGGACUCAGAGUCUCCACAGCACUUUCAGAAAAAUACAAAAAAAAAAGAAUAUCUAAUAUAUUUUUGUUACAGACGGAGGGGGUGGGGCUUAUUUAUGUGGCGGAGACGUUCAAGCACCGCUCGACCAAUCAGAGCGCAGAGAGACGCGUGCCUGAAAAAAAAAACUACAGAAAAUCUCAAAACUAUGCAACUUGUUUCACGUUUUUAUCGUUACCACGGUUUUUGUUUGACUUUGUUUAUAUUUGAAAAAAAUGUUACAGGAAGAAAAAAGGAGAAUCUUUUUUUAUUAACUUUGUGUGUGUGUGCGUGCGCACGUGUGUGUGUCUGUUGAGAGAUACUUGAAAGAAACAAGUUGGCCCAGCUGCUGGAACCAAACUUCUUUACGUUUCCAUGGUUACCAUGUUGAUGUUGUUAUUAUUAUUAUUAUAAUAAUAAGUAUAUUAUUAAUAAUGUUAUUGUUAAUAUUUUUGUGUUGAGUUUUUUUGCACUAUAGACAGUGUGUUCAGAUUAGCCGCAGAGGUGGGGGAGGGGGCAGAGCUUCCUGUCCAGGGCGGAGUCCAGUUUACAGGUGAGAACCUGACGAUGAGUCGAGUUGCGGGAAUGUCAGGCGGAGGUCAAAGGUCGCUCUGUGUCAAAGUAAACUGCCGUAAAUUCACUUUCUAUUUAUUUAUUAAUUUUAAGUCAAUAAAAUUAACUUUAAUGGAUCUGAACUUUUCUUUUUUUUUAGUCCACUAAAACCCUGAAUCAUCACGUUCACACAAAAAACGCUGGUUUUACUUGUUUACUUCACUACAGUGACGCCCAGUGAUCGCUGGAAGAACUUCAGUCUAUGACACUUCAAUGAACCGAUGGUUAGCAUUAGCAUUAGCUAACAUGCUGCUAGUUAAUGUAGUCAAUGAUUCUGAUUUAAAACUCAAAUAAUCUACGAUAAAUAAUCCUAAUUUCACAGUUAACAAACCAGCAUUGGAUUAUUUUUUUGAUGAAUUCAUCUGCAAAUUAUGUGUUUGUUUCUUAUAAAACAAAACAGGACAAAAUUAUAAAAACUAAACAAAAAUGCACUUUGGAUUAAUUUAAGACUUAAUAUUUAUGAAUAUUUACCCUGAACAUUCCAUGGAUUAGUGAUUAAAUGUUGUUGUGACGAGCAGUGAAAGAUGUUUUAUUAUAGAUUUGCCAAAGAAACAAACACGAUAAACGGAAAAAGAACAGAAAACUCACUAAAGUUAACUCAAGUUAACUAAAGUUAAAGUUAACGAUGCUCAAGAUGUUUUUAUUUCACACUUCAGUUUUUCUUUUGUCUUAAAUUCUUCCAGUUGUAAGUUGCGAUGUUUUUGUUACGUCUCGUGGGCUCUGCAUCAUGAACAACAUUUCCCACAAUGCUUUACUCUCUUUGAAGAAGACGAUCACUGUUGUUUUUGUUUGUUUUUAAAAAAGAAAACAAACAUUGUGGGAUUUCCGAGGUUUCUGCUUCAUUCUUGUUUACGUCACUAACGUCCUGUAGAUCACGUUCUGGCGAGAUCACGUUCUGACAUGGUCACAUUCUGACAAGAUCACGUUCUGACAUGGUCACGUUCUGACGAGGUCACGUUUUGACGAGAUCACACGUCCCUGGACUUUUUUGAGGACAAAACUCUUUGUCCGUCUCACAAAAAAUGGACUAAAAAUAAAUUGUCAGCGCAAGAAAAAAAAUAAAUGGAGUUAAAGAAGUCGUAUUUGUCCAGAUUUUUUCUCUUUUUAUGGAGAUGAAAAAAAAGACACUGAAUGAAGUGGACAAAGAAUAAAAAGUCUAUUUUUUAUUCUGUAAAUAAGGAAAAUCAAGAAUCCAGUCUGUUGCAUUGCUUUGUUGAGCAAAUCAAAUGUGCUUGUGGCAUUUUUCUAAUCUAAUUUAUUUUACAGUAUUUUUGUUUGUUUGUUUUAUGCUUCACCAUUAAAGUUUAAAAGAUGUAC